AUGCUGAAGCUGUUGUUGUUGCUGUUGUGGACCUGGAGCAGCUUCGCUCUGGUCAGGGUUCCCCUCAAGCAGGUGCGUUCGAUUCGUACGCAGCUGCGAGCCGCCGGUGCGCUGGAGGACUUCCUGAAGGAGCAUCACCCCGCCGCGUUUAACCGGCGCUACGCUCGGUGUUUCCCCCCCGGCACCAUGUCGCUCCGGCUCGGACGCUCCAGCGAGAGGAUCUACAACUACAUGGAUACUGAGUACUUUGGGGAGAUCCGGCUCGGGACCCCUGGUCAGAACUUCUCGGUGGUUCUGGACACCGGAUCGGCCGACCUGUGGGUUCCAUCAACGUACUGUGUCAGCGAGACCUGCGCGGUGCAUCAUCGCUUCAGAGCGUUCGAUUCCUCAACGUUUCAUCACGACGGGCGGCAGUUCGGGAUUCACUACGGAUCGGGACACCUUCUGGGAGUGACGGCCAGAGACACUCUGGAGAUCGGCGGUAUGACCAUCUUGAACCAGGAGUUCGGCGAGUCCGUGUACGAACCCGGAUCCUCGUUCCUGUUGGCAAAGUUUGACGGCGUUCUGGGCCUCGCUUACCCAAGACUGGCUGAGAUCCUCGGAAACCCUGUCUUUGACAACUUAAUGGUUCAGGAGAUCGUGGAGGAGCCCGUGUUCUCUUUCUACAUCAGCAGUUCAGCAGAUGGCUCCAGUCGAGGGGGAGAACUGCUGCUCGGUGGGACGGACGAGUCGCUGUACGUCGAGCCAAUCAACUGGCUGCCUGUCACUGACAAAGGAUACUGGCAGAUCAAGAUGGACAGCGUGUCGGUUCAGGGCGUGAACUCGCUCUGUCCUCACGGCUGUCCGGCCAUCAUCGACACCGGGACCUCCCUCAUCGCCGCGCCGACCAAUGAGACCGUCGCCCUCCACCACCUGAUCGGAGCCACGCCCACCAACAUCGGCGAGUUUGUCAUCGAUUGUGCGCGGUUGUCCAGUUUGCCUCACGUGACCUUCGUUCUGGGUGGGCAGGAAUACACACUGAGCGCUCAGCAAUACGUCCGGAAGGACGUGUUCAACGGCCGGGAGUUCUGCUUCAGCGGCUUCCAGGCCAACGACAUCAUGACCCCCGAGGGCCCGCUGUGGAUUCUGGGAGAUGUGUUUCUGAGGCAGUACUACAGCAUCUUCGACCGAGGGCAGGACCGAGUCGGGCUGGCUCGUGUGAGACAACCGGCGGAGCAGUGA